UCGAUCAUUGCUUUCUGAUGGUCGUAUCAGCAGUGACAAUUAUUUUAUUGCUUGUGUAGUGAUUUACGGUAAAUAGUGAAAAAAAUGGAGGCUAUUAACCGCAUUCAUCUUUCCAUCAUCCGAGACGUAGAGGCUUUAUUGAAAGAUCUCACUCAUGAGAUCGAAGUAUUUGAGUAUGAACAUAUGGCUCUCUGCGAUGACGACUUAGAUGUUCCGGGCAACAUGAUCGAAUUUGAGUUUUAUGAGCUUGCCCAAGAAAGUGUAACUUUGAUCAGGGCGCUCUUGGAAGAGAUUCGGCACCUUUUCGACAAUCUGCGUCAAACACUUUGGUAAACAACCAGAGUGUUAAAAAAACAAAAAAAAAACGUAGAUCAGUGUAUUAUUAUUUCGUAGUAUUUUAGUAGUAUAUUCUGUAGUUUAUUCGUCAGUGUAUUUCGUGACUGUUUUCAUCAGUAAAAGUAUAAUAACAUUGUGUAAGAUGCCUAAAAUGUGUAGUUUUCGUAUCGUCUUCGGCCGGCACAGCUACAGAUACAACCCGCUGCACCCUGCUCCACCACAAAGAAGGAACAUGCUGUUCAAGAUUGAAGACGAGAGCUACGAGGGCUACGAAGCUGUGGAGAGAAGCAAGGGCAACGUCUCCAAGGCAGAAGACACCAUCGAGGCUGCACAGAAGGAAAUCAACAGCGCUCUUGAAUAUCUGGAGGGCGAAGGCGCCGCAGCCUUGGCCAAGGCCCGCGACCGCUCCGACCAGUUCGGCAAGCAGUCCGGAGAAAUGUCCAACCUGGCCAAGGAGUCUCGUCUGCUGGCCGAGAGGCUGGAGAACGAGGCCAGGAACAUCAGGGAGAUCGCUGAGAAGGCAUUCAACAGCUCGCUCUCCGCCAACAAAAUUGCUAAAGAUGGGAUCACUAAGCAGGCAAACAUCAGCAACGAAAUCCAGAUCCUGAGCAACGAGCUGAAUGCAGCUAGCGGGAAGCUGAGCAGCAUGGCUGAACUUGCCGAGCAAGCGCUCGACCGCGCCAAGAAGGUCUACGACGAGGCUCUGGGCCUGUACGCAGAGGUCAACACCACCAUGCUGCCCGACAUCAAGAUCUGGAACCUGAAGCAGGACGCCGCCGAAGUUAACAAGACCAUUGAUAGCAAAUCAGCAGAGCUGGAUCGUCUCAUUGCCGAAAACGAGGAAACUCUCCACACUCUCGACACAGCUGUAACUCGGGGAAGGGAGCUGCUGGACCAAGGCCACGACAGACAGGACGAGCUCAACGACCUGCUGGCCAAGCUGGACGAGCUGCAGGCGCAGGCCCGACACGACGUGGAACUCACCAACGCUACCUUGAAAGAGGCAAAUGAGAUCUACAAGACGCUUAAAGAAUUCAGCGACCAAGUGACGGAGUCCCGCCAGCAGGCCAACCAAGCUGCUCAAGAGGUGCCCAGCAUCCAAGAGAAGGUAGCUGCCGCUGAGGAGAGCAUCAACAGCAUUACUGAGGAGCUGACCGUGGCCAGUGACCGAGCCAAGGAAGCCAGGGACAUGGCGCGCCAGGCGCAGAUGGAAUACGCCGAGAAGGCCUCAGAGGCUGCUCAUGAGAUCCGCAAGAAAGCGUCCUCGGCCAGAGCUGACGCUUCCAAGCUCAGGGAUGAGACCGACAAACUGUCUACGCGUGUUCAAGGAACUGCUAAGCAAAUCGAAGAUCUGGAGAAAGAAGCAGCUGAUAAUAAGCAGCUUACAGGCGACGCGAAGAUGAAAGUCGGUCAAGCCAACACCGACGCUAGAGAGGCCGACAAGCAAGCCUCUCAAGGUCUUGAAGACCUGAAGAUCAUCAUGGAGGAACUUCAGAAUCUGCCUACACUGGACGACCAAGCAUUGGAUAGGCUGCAGGAAAGCUUGGAUGCAGCUGAGCAGGCCUUGCGGGCGGCUGACCUUGAUGGCAAGAUCAAGUCGCUGACAGAAGCAAAGAACAACCAUCAAAGGUGGAUGAAGCAGUACCAAGAACAGCACCAAGAGCUCCAAGGCGAGGUGGACAACGUGAAGGACAUCAUGGAGCAGCUGCCUCAAGGCUGCUUCAAGCGCAUCGUGCUCGAGCCCACUGAGGCGCCCAGCCGUCCCGCCUACAGCAACUAGACAGCACCAGGUAUAAACUGUGUGGCUGAAUACUAUCAGGAGCGUCGGAGAUACGUCGACGCAGUGAUGCGACUCUCAUGAAUACACAUAGUCACACAUUUUAGAGUCAGUAAUUUGAACCGUGUAGCUAUGAUCGGUCGGAUAAUAUAAAAAUAAUAAAAAGCACAAAAAAAUAAUAGGUUACUUAUUUUCUGUGGGGACCUCCGGAAAAAACAACAUUCUGAGGGUCUUAGCUCUCGAUUGAUUGUAAAAAAAAGGGGGCACCGCGUCAUUUACUCACUAAUAUAAACGUAAAAUUACUGACUCAUACAACUAAUAGUCAUUGAUGUUGUGUCCAUAUAAUAAUCGUAAUAAUACUCUCAAGUUUUAAUCUCACUAAAAUCUAUCCAAGAGGCUACCAAUCCUAACAAUGUUGUACUUUGCUGUACCUAUUUUAAUUUGUAUUCAAAAAGAGGCGACGCUCCCAACAUCCCUGUGCCUUGAAACUUGUUCUUUUUUUAUUUUAGGUUAAAUAUGACGAAAAUAUUUGUUAUUGUAUCAAGUCAUUAUAGUUUUAAUAAAGUUUUAACUUCCUAUAUUAUUUCUCGUAUGAAACCUUUUUUACAUAUUUUUAGUAGGAGUGUGGGUGCUUGAGCAGAGCAGUGCUGUAGAGUUUCAGUACGGAGGACAUUGAGUACUUUUGUCUGAUAUACUUAAAACCUACCAUCUCGAUAUUUAACGUCUUUAAGGCAUCACUAUUAUACCUACUAUUAACUUCUAUUACAAGGUCACUUAAUGCAGAUAUCCUGAAGAAAGAAAAGUUGCACAAAAACUCUACCGUCUACCCUGCUUAGGCACUCCCGCUAGCACUGACUAAAUUGUAAUUACAAUUAAAGCAUCAUCGAUGCUCUAUUUUGAUAAAAAUAUACAUUUAUCUUAGUCCCGUUAAUUUACUAGUUUCUGAUGCUUUUAGAACUACAAAAAUGUUGAUGAUUCCAUUGCCCUGGCAAUUUAGGUUUAUUUCGUGAAUUUAUUCCAUGUUCUACCUAUAGCUUCGAUUAUGAGAAAAAUGAUAGGCGACAGCGUUAUGUUUAUAUUUCAAAAAGUGCCAUAGGAUUGUAGUGACUUAUCUUCUUUAUUAUUGUGUACUUAUGUACAGUCGACGGCACAUCAGCCUCCUAUUAAUGGUGAAUAUUCCCAAUAGAUCGUGGAAUUUGUGCGUCUUGUAAUACGGUUCAAAAUCGAUUAUGGUAGGUUGGUGUACUAUCCACUGUGCUAACUGCAUUUAUCCGCAUUUUUUGUACUUAGAAUAGUAUAUUGUAAGGUCUUAAAUAUAUCAAAUAGUAAAUUACUCAAUUAGUAAUAGCAUUUUUGAACAAAAUUCACCUUUUUUCAUAACUUUGCCCGCUAUACGGGGUCGGCCAUUUUAAUGAUAAGUGCCCAGGCAAGUAUUGCUGAAUAAAAUUGUAGGUAUCAUUUUGUAAGUUAGUACCUACCUACUGAAUCACUGCUUAAAACCACUUGUUUGUCUGUAACACUAUAAGUAUAACUAUACUUUUUAAUAAUAACUCUGAAUACACAUUCAUUGUAGUCACAUUGAUGUCGAAUUUUAUCCAAUUUAAUAAUAAUAAAGCACGGACCCAUUAAUGUAUUUUUAAAUUAUUUCACAGUGCCAUUAUUAUGUAUUCUGGUACAAUUGUAAAUAUUUUAGUUAAAUGUAAAUAUAUGAUUAAGUUCAAUUUUAUUGCUUUCAUUAGGUUUGAACACUAUUUAAUCAAAACAAUCGGUUCAAAUAGUCCUGGAUUCA